AUGAACACGUUCCCCGCCAACGCCAUCCCCCAGUUCUCCGGUCCCCCACACAUGGCAGGCUUCCCCCCCGGAGUCGGUGUCCCAGGCAUGCCAGGUGUGCCAGGCGUGCCAGGCCUCCCAGGAGGUCCCAUGCCACCAGGGAUGCAGCAGCAGAUGGGCGCGCCCGGUCUUCCCAUGAUGGCCGAUCCUCAGCACCUCGCCAUGAUGCAGCAACAGCAACAGAGCUUCCUUGCCCAGCAACAGCAGCAGCAGCUUUCGGCCCUCAGCCACCAGCAGCUUUUGAUGCGCGGCAGCCCCUCGGGCACGAUGCAACACGCGUCAAAGAAGAAAAAGCACAGCGCGCGCGCGACUCCUCAGGCUCAAAUGCUUCCCCGACACAUGUCCGCCCUCGCACCUCCCCACGGCCAGGAGCACUACAUCAAGAACGCGAUGGCUCCGCCCGGCCAGGUCGGCGCACCCGGUAUGCCGAUGGAGCAAAUGGAGCCAUGGGCCGACGCCCUCGACGAGCUCGACCCGCGUGAGCUGGCUAUGGGCCGCUUCCGCGCCCGCCACGAGAUUAUGGCCGAGGUGUUUGGCCCAGAGCGUGUUCAGGACAUCCCCGGCGCCACCGACGCGUGGGAGGGUCUGGGACUGAACGGAGAGACCCUCGAGGCCAAGGUUCUUGCCUUGGAAUCCAGCAACGCCGAGCUCGAGGCCAAGUUUGAGUCCGAGCUUGAGGCCUUCCGCAAACGCUUGGAAGAGGCCGAUGGCCCCAUUGCCCAGACCGCGUAG